UCUACCCCAAUUUUUUUAAUUUUUUUUUUCUUUGUUUUCCUUUUUUUUUUAAAAAAAAAAAUAAAUAAAUUCUUUACAUCAAGUUAUGAAAGAUACAAAAUAUCACAACAUGAUGCAACAACAUAAUAUCCAUCCUUUAUCAGCUUCUAUUCCUCAUCCAUCUAUUACUUUACAACAACAACAACCUACUACUGCUUCAAGUACUAGUAAUUCUACUGGUUUAGUACAAGAUGCACCUACUAGUCCUAUUGACUUUACAAAUAAUGAUGCUCUUUUCAUGUCACCACUCAGUCGUACUUCUCCACUUGAUGACUUUGAAGAUGUAGAUUAUCAAUCUGGUUUAACUAGUUACCAAAAACAACAUAUGGUAUCUCGACAUCCUUCUUUGCCAAAUUCCAAUUCUAUGGAUAUUCCUCCAUCUUCCAAUAUACCUAUUCAUUCGAUGAAACAAGGCACAUCACCAUCUUCUUCUACUUUUUAUACUGGUCCAUAUGAUACCUUUCCAAUGUCUGCGCCAGCCAAUAUUGGGCAUUUUGGUCCAUCCUCUCCUCCUUCUUCUUUACAUUAUCUUAGUGGUGAUAAUGCAGGCGCUCCUGUACCCAUGCCUACUUCCUCUUCUUCUUCUUUAUUUAUUCAUCCACAACAACCAUAUCAACAACAACAACAACAAAUGGAUAGUCCUGGUUCAGCGGCAAGAAGUUUUGAAGAAGAUGAUUAUAAUCUUCAAAUGAAUAUGCAAAUGAUGAUGGAUAAACGAAGACGUCGACGAGAAUCACAUAAUGCAGUGGAACGACGUAGAAGAGAAAAUAUCAAUGAACGAAUUCAAGAAUUAGGCACCUUAUUACCGGAGAUGAUGGCGGAAACCAAUGCAAACAAUAAACCAAACAAAGGUGCAAUUUUACGACAUUCGGUGGAUCAUAUUCGUCAUUUACAACAAGAAGUCAAUUCUUAUUCUCGGCGGGUGCAAGAAUUGGAAGCUGCUUUAGCAAAGUUACAAUCAAAAUAGUCCCCUUAUAUAUAUAUUUUAUUUAUUUAUUUAUUUAUGUUAUAUAUUCUUUUUUCUUUGUUUUUUUUUUAUUGUUCUAUUCGUAUGAUUCUUUGUCUGUAUCCUUUUUGUUAUUAUGUUCAUAUAUAAUCUUAUUUUACAUAUGCAUUUUCUUCUUUUUUUUUUUUUU